CUGUCUAUGCUUUUUUUCUUUUCUGUCUGAUGGUUCAAAGGGCUGGCCAGGAAGUUAUUUACUGAAAUGUUAAAUCCUGCAAGUGGGACGGGAGUAUUUUCGUUACAUACUCCUAAAGUUAUUCGACUUUUAAGGCAAGGAUGUACAAACCGACCGUUUUAUCAUAUUGUUGUUACAGAGCCCAAAAAACACGUAUCCCAACCAGUUAUCGAACAGCUAGGCACGUAUGAUCCUUUGCCGAAUCAGUUUAAUGAAAAAUUAGUUUCCUUAAACUUUGAGCGGAUUAAACAUUGGAUAGGUAAUGGAGCUGAAUUAUCUAGGCCUAUAGAACAGUUACUUGGGCUAUCUGGAUUGUUUCCAAUACAUCCUACAAGCUACAUGACCGCCUGGAGAAAUAGGCGUCAGCUAAAGUGAAAAUUGACAUGGAAAAUUCAGCAGAAAUUAGAACCUAAUAUUUUUAUAAAUUAAAAAGUAAGUUUUAUGUUAGUUUGUUUUAAUAAAUGUAUUUGUAGUA